CACAAUUCACAAACAAGUAGUCCACUUUUCAUUUAUCAAUAGUAAUCACAACAAAAUCCAUAAUUUUGUUCGAGGAGAGAGAAGAUAAACAACAAAAACAUAAAAAAUGUCGAAAGAGGUGAAGGUAUUAGGAGCAUGGCCAAGUCCAUUUGUGAUGAGGCCAAGAAUCGCACUCCAUUUGAAAUCAGUUGAUCAUGAAUUUGUUGAAGAAACAAUGCACCCAAAAAGUGAGCUUUUGUUGAAGUCGAACCCGGUUCACAAAAAAAUCCCGGUUCUUCUACACAAUGAUAAGCCGGUUUGCGAAUCGUUGAUUAUUGUUGAGUAUAUUGAUGAGGCUUUUCCAUCUGGUCCGUCCAUUCUCCCUUCUGAUGCUUAUGAUCGUGCUGUUCAUCGUUUCUGGGCUGCUUACAUUGAUGAUAAGUGGUUCCCAAGUUUACAAGGAACAGCAAAGGCACAAACAGAGGAAGCAAAAGCAGCAGCAUUAGAGGAAACAUCACAAGGGUUGUCAUUGAUUGAGGAUGCCUUUGUGAAAUGCAGCCAAGGGAAAGCCUUUUUCGGGGGUGAUAGUAUCGGCUACCUUGAUAUCGCCUUUGGGAGCUACUUGGGAUGGUUGCGCGUCACUGAAAAGACAAACAACAUUGAGUUGCUGAGCAAGGAGAAGACGCCUAACCUCCUCGCCUGGGCUGACAAGUUCUGUGCUCAUGAUUCUGUCAAGGAUUACAUGCCUGAGACUGCUAAGCUUGCUGAGUUUGCCAAGAUGAUUUUUGCUAGGUUUAAAGCAGCAGCUGCUUCUACUUAAAGUUGUAAUGCAAAUGCAUAGCUGGUUGAUGUUGUUGUAAGCUUAAACCAUUCCAUUUCCUCAAAUUUUCGUAAAAUAAAUGUGCACGACUGCUCACUCCAGCUUCUUAAUCCUA